UGGUAACAUUUGAUCAUCACUCUCAACAUGAUCAACAACAACAACGUUCAUCAUUAUUAUCCAACAAUUUAAAGGUGAUAAUAUAACUACAAAUGUAAAUCUCUAAAUGUAUAUUUAUUUGUAAUAAGUGAUAUUAAUUUAUAAAUAAUAAUUUAUAUAAGUGAACAGUGAGAGUGAGAGAGAGAGAGGGUGAGUGAGAGAGUGAAAUAUUUAAAAUACACAGAGAGACAGAGAGAGAGAGAAAGUGAGAGAGAGUUGAUUGGUUUUUUUUGUUUGGAAAAGAGAAUAGAAAAAAAUUGUUUUUAAGAGAAUAGAACAAAUUUUUUGUUCUCUUUUUUUUUCUUGUUGUUUUUUUUUCUUGUUGUUUUUUGUUGAUUUGUUUCUUUCUAUUUUACACCAAAGGAGAUAUACCAACAUUUCCCCCAAGUUUUACAUCGUCGAUAUUAAAGGAAAAUGCCUCGACAUAAACAACUACCCAAACGGACUAAAUGUGAUUCCAUAUUUUCUCACCUUCAUCCAUCUGAAUCUUCACCCACCGAUAAAAGUGACAACGGUUCAAUUACACCAACCAGCAUCUCUACCACAACGAUAACUACCAACAACAACAACAACAACAGCAACACCAAUAACAACCAUGAGACCAAUGGUUCAUCAAUUAGUGACCCAAAUCAAUCUUCUAGGUGUUCAUCUAAAAAAUUUUGCUUCUCUCUUGACCAUCUCUCAUCACCUAAACAUGAGGCUAAUCAUAACUAUCAUGAGAGUAAUAACAACAACAAAACAUACUCUUCAUCAACCUCACCAUCAUCAUCUUACCUUCAUCUCAACAAUCAUCUACACACCAAUAAUAAUCAUCAUCAUUUAAAUCAUCAUUCUCAUAAUUCUCAUCGGAUUCAUCAUUCAAAUCAUCAUAAUCUGCAACAUAGUCCCUCCUUGACCGGAGACAAGCAACUUGUUGAUGCUUAUACCAAUACAAUAGUACAAGAACCAACAUCAGUCACCUGUUAUACCUGUAAAAAGAUAUUUAAUUCAUCCUGGAAUUUGAUGCAACAUGCACAAAAUUUUCAUGGAAUCAAGAUUUAUGUCGAUACUAACAAUGAACCCUAUCAUCUUAAUGGACGAGCUUCCAAUGGAAACAGCAAUCACCAGCAAUCAUCUUCCUCUUCUUCCUCCUCUUUAUCCUCUUCUUCAUCAUCAUUUUCCUCUGGAUCAAAUCCAAAUGCCUCCGCUUUGGCGAUAAUCAAUAAUAUCAAUAAUAAUAUUAAUAGAGAAAAUAAUAAUAAUAAUAAUAAUAAUAAUAAUACCACUACAACGUCAACCCUUACCAAUGGUGGACGAAGUAGUAAUGGUGGUGGUAAUCAUCAUCAUCAUCAUCUACUUGAUGGUUUAAAUCAUCUUUCCCACCACUCACCUCAUCAUCAUCACCAUCAUCUUAAUAGGAAUUCAUCUCCUCUCUCAUUAUCAUCUUCCGCUGCAACCAACCUAAGUCGUCAUCAUCAUUCACCUUCAAAUAAUCCGGUAGCAUCACUUAAUGCUGCUAUUGCCGCUGCUGCGGUGGCCGCUGUUUCUGCAGCUGCUGCAGCCGCUUCAAAUAAUGGCGGUGAUAAUAAUAAUGGAAAUGGUUCUGAUAGAGUAGGAGGAGGAGGAGGAGGUAAUGGUGCAAGUGGUAAUAAUAAUAAUGGUGGUUUACCUGGUCAUCUUAACUCGUCAUCUUCACCUUUAUCUUCAGCAUCACCUCUUAACCAUCAUCAUCAUCAUCACCAUAAUCAUCCCUCUUCAGCAACAGCAAACUCAGUCUCACAGUUUAACGCUGCAAUGGCUGCUGCCGCUGCCGCUGUUGAUGUUGGUUUACCAUCAUUUCUUUUCUCAACCUCUCUCGGUGGACCGGCUCACCCUUUACUACCCAUACCACUUAACCACAGUUCACUUUUAGCUGCCAUUGCCCAAGCCUCAAGGGCAUCUUCAUCUUCAACAACGUUACCAUCUUCAUUAGCUCCAACAAUUAAUUCAGUUCUUAAUUCAACUGUACCUAGUCAACAAGAUAUUUGCAGUGCAACCUCUAAUCAUUCAUCACCGAUAACCAAUUUAACCACCACCCUUGAUGAAAGAUCAUCAUCAACAGGAGGAGAUAGUAUAUGUGGUAGUGGAAGUGGCGGCGGCGGUGGGGGUAAUGGUAACGGUGUAGGAUCAAUUAUUGGUGGCAAUGGCAAUGGUGACCGUUUAGGAAGUGGUGGUGCAAAUAAUUUAACAAUUGGUAAUAAUGAGAUGCGUUCAAGUAUCUUAGGCGGAGGUGGAUUAAUGAUUGGUAACGAUUUACGUGUUAAAUGUGAACCACGUAACAGUCUUAGUAAUAUGCUGGGAGGUGACAGUUUAGCCGGAGUGGGAAUGUUACUUGGAAAUGAUCUUCGGAUAAAAUGUGAAUCCCGUAAUAAUAAUAUAAAUAAUAAUAAUCUAAACAAUAGUUUAAAUGAUGCUAUUGGAAGCGGAGGAUUAGGAAUGUUAU